AUGGCCGAGCUUCGGCGCGAAGGUAGGAAAUGGGACUGGGCGAAGCCGUCCGAGGAGGAGGUGCAUGCGAGGCUCGCCGACUGCGACGAACCCCUUCGAGAUAAAGUGCCCGACACCGUCCGGGACGGGGACGUGGGCUCCGGCCUGCUAGCAAUGAGCGCGUUGCUCUGGGCGGUGAGGCGGAAGGAUCGGUUGGCCGGCGCCCUCCGUCGCAGUGCCACCAGCAUGGACAAGGUCGCUGUUGCGGGGUUGAAGGGGCUGCGGACUGAGAUGGUAGCCUUCAUCAAGAAGCAGGUCGCGCUCAUACGGUCGGGCCGAAACGUAGUUGCGGCCGACGUCUGUGACGACGACGGCGAGGAGGUUCAGUCGGCGCCCCAAGCUGGCGGUGUCGCCCCUGCCGUCGCUGAUGCGCGUGGCACCUCGGUCGGGAAGCCGGGUAGCGGCGUCGACGAGGCCGAUGCGGCAGCAGGACAUGGGGUGGCCGGGACCGAGGAGAAGCACCGGGACGAGCUGGUGCACGCCCUCCGACCGGACCGUCUGCCGGGCGACCUGCCGACGUCCCGCGCUCUGCCGCGCUCUGCCGACAAGGCUGGCCGCGCGGGGAAAGGGGCGGCAGUUGCGGACGCGCUCAAGGAGCAGCUCAGGCGCCUAGCCGGCCACAAGGAUGUUCAACAGCCCCCCGCUGCUGUCGACGCCCCAUCUGCCAGUGUCCCAAAGUCGCCGGUCGUCGCCACCCGUGCUCCUGCAGACCCAAAGUCCGCGUUGCUGCGCGCCCAGCUGGGCGCACUAGCGUCGACUGCGCCAACUCAGCAGGCUUCUGGCUCCGACGCUAAGACGUCGUCGGCAAAAGUCACACCACCCACCCCUGUGGCAGCUGAGGUUGAGAAGGUGGCGGAGAAGGGCGUUCGUGCCGCCCUUGCCACCGGCGGCGGCCCCGUCGAGCAGGCGCCCCCCGAUGCUGAUAUCGCUGCCAUACAGGCCCACCUGAAUGCUGCCAAGCCCCGACCGCUGGCCAUCUCCGACACGGCACAUGUGGAGCCUUCGGCGAGUCUCGUCGGCAGUCCAGCAGAGCCGACUGCGACCGGUGAUGCUGUCGGCGAUGGAAAGGCGAAACGGAAGGGGAAGGCGGGCUCACAGAGGAAGACGCGGGAGAAGUCGGAGGCGAAGGCGGCGGAUAGAGGGAAGGGGAAGGCGGCUGAGACGGCGGCUGACAAGGAUGGAGGCGGCAAUACGGGGGUGAAAGGGAAAGCGGGGGAGAAUCAGAAGUCGCUCGGCGAGGGUACGUCGACGGGGAGGAAGGGGAAGGACAAGUCGGUAGGAGAAGGUGCGUCGACGGGGAGAAAGGGGAAGGAGAAGGCGGUCGGCGAUGGUUCGUCGAAAGGGAGAAAGGAAAAGCGGAAGGCGGCGGAGGAGGAUGUCGAGGAGGUGGAGGACGUCGAGCAGGAGGAAGAAGAAGAGGCGGAGGAGGAGGUGGAGGAGGCGGAUGAGGACGAUGAGGAGGAGGAGGUCGAGGUGGAGGAGGAGGAGGAGGAGGGGGGGAAGAGCAAGGAGAGGCGGGGUCAUGGCAUCCGACACGAUACCUCGGGCGACAAGCUAGGAUGGGUCGGCGAGAUUAAGGUGCACGGCAUCAAUCGAUACAUCGGCAAGUCGCGUGAGAAGAUGGAGCUCGCGUACGUGCACUCCAUCGCGUUCGUCGUCUACGACGGUUUCGUGAGCAAGGUGCUCAUGAACGAGCUCACCGUCCUGGACAGCGCCGAGUUGGAGAGGUGGAAGGAGGUGUGGGAGGAGGUCAGGAUCUUGCCGACCGGGAUGUGGACGGUGAUGUGGGCCCGGGGAACGCUCCUUCCAAAGACACGGCUGAAUGAGAUCCUCGACAAGUAUCGACAUUACAGGACCACUGGCGAUGCGCUGCACGCCGCGCUCCUGCCAGCGAUAUGGUACCCAGUCGAUCCCGACACCGAGGAAGGCCGAGAGAAGUCGGCGUCCAUGCUGUCCGCGUUGAUUGGCCGCGUGUCAAUGUGCGUUGCGUAUGGGAAGACCGCUGCGACAGCGGCGAGAAAGGAGGGAGACAGCGACGAGAAGACGGAUAUGGCGGCAUGGGCGUUAGGAGCAUCCGCAUGCGCUGUGUGGUGCUUCGUCGAGAACGGCGAUGCCCAGGUGGAGGAUGCUGUGGAAGAAGGGAAGGCGGCGGCGCUUGUGGGCGGAGCGAGCCAGGCGACCGCCGAUGUAUUCGGCAAAGUCAUGGAGGCGGUGCUGAACGCCGAGAUCAACAGGGACCGCCCCCUGGGAGAGGUUGCUUACAACGUCGCGCCAGCACUCAAGAGGACCCCCCUUGACAUGGCCUAUCCGGGGGUGGAUGCCGGAGUCGAUGCCGACGUGAUCGCAAGAGCGACGGUCGAGACGAUGGCGUUCUGGGGAAUGUGCCCCGUCGCCGGGCCGAAACUCAAAGCGAGGGGCAUCGCGGUGCCGAUUGACGCGCAGAUGAAGGCCGAUAUCGACAACAGGGGGAGAAAGGGUCAGAGGGGCAAGAAGGCGACGAAGGCCAAGGGCGGCACGGAGAAGAAGGGGACGAAGGGCCAGAAGGCGAAGGAGUCGGCGUAG